UGUUGAGUGAUGCGUUAAAGUCAUUUCAUGAGUUUUGGUGUACCUGUAUACUGACGCAAAGGUGACAUACAGUCACAAUAGUGAAACGACACCCCUCCUGCACCCUCUGACCCCUCCUUGAACCUCUGCUGUGCUGGCUGAUGUACUGACCGUGGUGCGUGACACCCACAGCUCAGGUUACCCACCUGGUGACUCCCACCGUCUCACGCUCCGGACAGCUCCUGUGGUACUGAAUCUCCAAGUAAAAAAACAAAAAAAAACAAAACUGUAAUCCUCGCCCUCUCAUUGGACGAGCGACGCACGGCGGCCUCCUCAGCCCGCCGCCUAUUGGUCGUCUCGACCUGCCAGUCGAGUCGGAUUUCCCCUCCACAACAGACCGAACCAGGAGGGAGCAGCUGCAGCACAGAACCAGUCCGCUCAAUGUCACCGGGCUACCGGAGGGGACGGCACCGCGGCGGGGCCGGUAAGGAUCGUCGCCACGGCGCCGUGAAGACGCUCUCACAAGUCGUCUCACUAAACACACCCGGGCUGUACCCUGACACUAUCAUCUGUUCAACCUCUCUCCUCCAACCACCCCCCCCUGUUCAGUUCCUCUUCCCCUCCUCCUCAACCUGUGGCCUAUUUAUACCCCGGAGACUCAAAAGAGCCCAUUAAAGCUCCGCAGACCUCUUCGACAAGAGACAGCAGUGAGCAUGAAUCCGAUAACACAUGGUCAAUAUGAUCCUCAGCCUCCUCGCCUUCACUCCAGUGGCUGCAAAUAAGAAAAACUAAGGCCUCAACCGCCGGAAAUUUCUUGAGAUGCGACAAGACUGCGACGGCCCCAAGCUUCAGAUGACAAAUCGUCCCUGAUAUUCCAUCGUGGAGAGGACAGUUCUUGGGGAAAUUUUGGAUGCAGCAUGUGCUUUGGAGGACGGACUUGAGGUUCUGUCCUGUUUCAUUGAAAUACAGGACAAAAAAUUCUUCAUUAGGUUUGUUUCUUGACUAAACUGUCUAAAUAGCUAUGUGAUUUGGGCACGGACACUGAAAGAGUUUUCCCUCUAAAUGGCUCACAUAUCUGAAGUCUUCCCCGACUCCCAGCCAUGAGCUAAGCCCAUGUCGACCUGGGCGUCCCUUGCAGGAUGACUGCUGUCUGCCCCUCUGAGAGCAGCCCAGAAGGGGCUGAAGCUGGGGCCGGGACAGCAGGCUCCAGGGCGUCAGGGGCAGCAGGCACUGCUGGGAGCAUCUCUGUUUCUGGGGCAGAGUCCAGGGACUCUAAUGGGGACUCUGUCGGAGGGUCUAUCGGAGGCACAGCUGUGGUCGCCGGCCAACGGUACAGCCGCUGGAGCCGCCAGGACAGCUCGGACAUCAACACGGACGACGAGGGGGCGACCAUCCGCCGUCUCACUCCGUUGGAAAGGCUGAACCUGGAUAUGUGCCAGGAUGAGAGGGUGGUCCGCGAGCUAACAGUGGGCAGAAGGAUCGGCUUCUACAAGAUUCGAGGAGAGAUCGGGUGUGGGAAUUUUUCACAUGUCAAGCUUGGAAUCCAUGCUCUCACCAAAGACAAAGUGGCCAUAAAGAUCCUGGACAAAACCAAGCUGGAUCAGAAGACCCAGAGGCUGCUGUCCAGAGAGAUCUCCAGCAUGGAGAAACUGCACCACCCCAACAUCAUACGCCUCUAUGAGGUGGUGGAGACGUUGACGCGGCUGCACCUGGUGAUGGAGUACGCGGGGGGAGGGGAGCUCUACACCAAGAUCACUACAGAGGGGAAACUCUCCGACACUGAGAGCAAGAUCGUCUUCGCUCAGAUCCUCUCUGCUGUUAAACACAUGCAUGAAAACAACAUCAUCCACCGCGACCUGAAGGCAGAGAACGUCUUCUACACCAGCAGCUCUUGUGUCAAGGUGGGGGACUUUGGCUUUAGCACGCUGAGCCGCCGCAGCGAGACACUCAACACAUUCUGCGGCUCACCGCCUUACGCCGCACCCGAGCUCUUUCGGGAUGAGCAUUAUGUUGGCGUCUUUGUAGACAUCUGGGCCCUGGGGGUGAUGCUGUUCUUCAUGGUGACGGGCACCAUGCCGUUCAGGGCCGACACUGUGGCCAAACUGAAACGAUGCAUCCUGGACGGGGCCUUCGUCCUGCCCUCCUGGGUGCCAGACGCAUGCCAGAGGCUGAUCAGGGGAAUCCUCCAGCCCAUACCGUCGGACCGCUGCACAGUGGAGCAGAUGAUGGGCUGUGAGUGGCUUCUCCCCGUGGACUUGCCGCACGCCAUGGAGCCCUUUAAACUCGACCCAUCCUACCUAGCAGAGGGUGAACCGCCUGAGCUGGCGGAGGAGGAGAUGGAGGUAAAGGCAGCGCUGGCGACGCUAGGAAUCACCUCAGAGCACAUCCUCAACAACCAGGGGAAAGACUGCAGGAGCUCCAUCACAGGGGUCUACAGGAUCCUGCUGCACCGUGCUCAUAAGAGACGGGCUGUCGAGAACGUCCCUGCAGUCACAAAGGUAGUUGGACCACCUACGAGUAAAAAGGAGCGACUAAAAGUGUACCGCAGUUUGAGGCACACGUCUAAACUCUGCGUGAUUCUGUGACAAAAUGCUUUCCCUUCGCUCUGGAAACAAAUUGACUCGAUAUCCUGGGAUGAGAUUGCAUGGAUUUCAUUACAAAAUGACAAAAAAGUGCUUUUCAAACCAGCAGUUUAAAUUGAAAUCAUGGCAUAUAACCCCACUCAGCUCCUGAAAUCUGGGAUUUCUUACGUUUACUAUCUUUCUUCUAGUCAGUAAAAUUAGUCUCUGUGAGAAUGUUGCUGCCAGUGAAUCAUUACUGUCUCCUCUUUUGACAGGGACCUGUAAUCCUCAUGAGAAAUGGGAAAUGUUAUGAAAUAUAUUUUAUUUAAGUGAAUAUGAUGAUGUAUAGAUGGCAGACAUAACAUUUUAUUUUGGGGUCGUGCAGGCCAGAUAUUUGUAGCCCACAGCCAUCCUAUGCUUAGCUGUGCUGGAACAAUAAUAAACCCUAUGAGAAAUCAAUGUAGCAUAAAUUAAGGAGAAGACUUCACAACCACAACAUUAUGCUGAGAGGAUAACGUGUUGGAACAUGCAGUCAGUACAUAAAAUACAGUGUCUCAAAUGUUUAAUUGCACUUUUCUCGGAUGCCUUAGUUUUCUAUCAUGUUAUGAAAUCAACUGAUUUCAUGAUACUCCUUAAACUUUGUGAUGAUAUCCAACACGAGAUGUUAGACUGAUUGAACUGAAUGACCUCACUCUGUUUUAUUUGUGGCCUGAAGAAAAAAGCCAAUAAAUGUCAUUAAGCUAAGAAUAAAAACAACAACAUACCACCAAAGUUAUAGCUGUUCAUGUGGCAAAAAUCAGUUUUCAGUUUAGACUCGGGCGGUUUCAGUCUGAGUUUCAGUAAUUAGGUUUUUUUUUUUUAAUGAUCGGAUGCCAUGUUAACACUCAUGUGUUAAUUAAAUAAAUUUGAAAUUUGAACCCAGCAGUCUUUUCCAUGA